ACGUGCGUUGCAAACUCAAAUAUGGACACUUCGGUUUCGAAACCGGGUCCGCUAUAUUUUUUUAAGCGAGUUUUCAAUAAAAAAAAAAGUGAAACUAGUCGGACAACUUUAGUCGCGUUCGCCUUUCACUCGCGGUCUUGUUUAGAAAAUGAGUCUAAUCGAUUGUGCAACACACGCGAGACGUCAGAGUUAUCGACCCCCCGCGGAAUCGUAUCGUUUUGACAGCUGUGUUUGACGUGUCUCGACUUAUCGCACAGAUACAAAUGCCUAUCACGGUUGCCCAAGUUCCCGCGUACUACGUAUCCUUCGUUUGACGGCAUGUAACAGCACGUGGUUCAGAAUAACGAGGGAAUCCGUCGAAACAACAUCACCCAACAAUGUUCUCCCUCAGAAACGCUCUCUCCGUUUCCUUGCAGAAAUUUGCGAGAAAACUGCAUUUCUCGCAAACCCGGCGAGCAGCCGUAAUAAUAGAUGGUAAAAAAAUAGCGGAAGAGAUUCAAGACGAAUUAAAGGCUGUUGUAGACACUUGUAUAAGUGCUGGAAAAAAAAGACCGAAACUGGUCGCGAUAUUAGUGGGAAAUCAUCCUUCGAGCAAAGCAUACAUUGGUAGAAAAAUGCAAGCAGCAAAGUCAAUAGGAAUCGAAAGUUACACCAUUCAUUUGGGAGAGAACAUAACACAAGCAGAGCUUCUUAAGGAAAUCGACUGUCUCAACGGAGAUCCGUCUGUCGACGGCGUUUUGGUGCAGUUACCGUUGCCAAAGGACAUGAAUGAGAAAGAAGUGUGUCAGGCAAUAGUUCCUAAAAAGGAUGUAGACGGAUUUCAUUUAGAAAAUCUUGGUAAUUUAACACUGGACAACAGCAGCAUUAUACCAGCCACUGCCCUAGCUGUAAAAGAAUUAAUACUCCGAACUAAGAUCGAAACUUUUGGAAAGAACGCCGUGGUUGUCGGUAGAUCAAAACAUGUUGGGCUGCCUAUCGCACUAUUACUCCAUGCAGAUGGCAAAGGUGAAACAGGUGCAUUAGACAUGACAACGACCAUCUGUCAUCGUCAUACGCCUCAUACAGAAUUAGAAAAGUUUACAAAACUGGCGGAUCUGAUUGUAGCGGCAGCUGGAGUUCCCGGCUUGAUCACCAAGGAGAUGAUAAAACCGGGCGCUUGCAUAAUCGAUGUAGGAAUAACCAGGGUAAAAACCGCAGACGGUAAAUAUCGUCUGGUGGGUGACGUAGAUUAUGAUAGCGUGAAAGAAGUCGCUGGACAUAUCACACCGGUUCCUGGUGGUGUGGGCCCCAUGACAGUAGCAAUGUUAAUGAAGAACACAGUCACGACUGCUAUGAGAAACCAAGAAGAUGUAAAACAAUCCGUUCUUAUGAAAGAUAACGGAGUAGUAUAUUGAUAUUGAAAAUCUAUUCAAUAGUUAAAUGGAUUAAUUUUCGUAUUUUAUAUGUACGGUCAAAGUAUUAUUUUUUGUAACAAAUUUUGUAAAUAAACUAUUUUAAUGCUUUUUAA